AUGGGUCGAUCAGACGGGACUGGCACUGCGACAACCCAGCCGGACACGCAGCGUUCAAGCCCACAAACACUUCCAAGACUGAGCGGUGAAUCUGUGGCAGGCGAUGUGGAUGGGACGGCACUACAAGCGCGCAUCCCAACUCGGCUGCUGGAUCUAUCUGGCUGGACUGGAUCUGGAUGGAACAUCCGAUCCAGUGCUCAAUGGGCUGUUGAUCCUCUACCUCUCCCCAUUCUCUUUGCUCCUACGUCACCACCGGCCAUGUCCUUCCACGCCCCGUCGUCCUUCUCCUCGGCCGUCUUGGACGAUCAGCAACAGCGGGAUGACGAGCGCCAUGCCGCUGUGGUAGCAGCGCACCUGCCCUCUGGGUACACGGCGGAUUUUGACGGCGGAGUACCCGCCGACGCUGGGUCUGAAGGCCCGGAGCGGCGCGCGUCCCAGUCGGCGCCCGACCUCACCUCGGCGCCCGAGCAGCCGCAGAACCAGCAGCAGCAAGAAUCCUCUCUCCUGCUGCAGGGCGGCGACAUCCACCGUGGCCUCUUCAAGAUCAACGCCCGCCUCCCCGGCCCGCAAAGAUCGCAGACUUUCUCUCACCCUCGCAGAGGCAACGACACCCCCGACGGUGUUCUACCCACCGCCGCCCAGCUCGAGCCCCAGGGCUUUCGCCGCCAGUUCGUCCUCCAGAAGCGCCACGGCUUCACCGGCGGUGCCGACCUCCCCGUAACCCGCAACUUUGUCGAGUUUCUCGCUUUGUACGGCGCUUUUGCCGGCGAGGACCUCGCCGACUCGGACGACGAAGAGGCCAUCGAGGAUGACGAGGAUGGCGACCACCACGACGUCGACGACCAUGAUCGAGGCCUGGUGGCGACCGAGACGCGGCCCCUUCUGCCGCGGUCCAGAUCCUCGAGGUCUGCGCCCAGGAAGGGCGACGCCGGCACCACCAAGACUUUCUUCACCCUCCUCAAGGCCUUCAUCGGCACCGGCAUCAUGUUUCUGCCCAAAGCCUUCAACAACGGCGGCAUUCUCUUCUCGUCCAUGGCCAUGCUCUUCCUAGCCGCCGUCUCAAUGCUCGCCUUCCACCUCCUGCUCCAGUGCAGGGCCCGCUACGGCGGCGGUUACGGCGACAUCGGCCGGGCCAUCGCCGGCGAGCGGAUGCGCGCCAUCAUCCUCGGUUCCGUCACGCUCUCCCAGCUCGGCUUCGUCUGCACCGGCCUGGUAUUUGUGGCCGACAACUGGUCGUCGUUUCUGCGUGCAGUCACCCACGGCGCCAGCCCGCUGACCACGACCGCCCUCAUCGCCAUCCAGGCCGUUCUCAUCGUUCCGCUCUCCUUCAUCCGCAACAUCUCCAAGCUGGGUCCUGCCGCGCUGCUUGCCGAUGCCUUCAUCCUCAUCGGCCUCGUCUACAUCUACUACUACGACGUCGGCACCCUGGCAACCCAAGGCAUGCACCCCUCUGUCCGACUCUUCAACCCGCACGCUUACACCCUGACCAUCGGCGCUUGCAUCUUCACCUUUGAAGGCAUCGGCCUCAUCCUGCCCAUCCAGUCGUCCAUGCAGAACCCGGAAAAGUUCGAAUGGCUCCUGGGCGCCGUCAUGCUGCUCAUCACCUGCAUCUUCACCUCUGUCGGCGCGCUCGGGUACGCCACCUUCGGCUCCGACACGCAGAUCGAGGUCAUCAACAACUACCCGCAGGACAGCAAGCUGGUCAACGCGGUGCAGUUCAUGUACGCCCUCGCCGUGCUGAUCGGGAACCCUGUCCAGCUGUUCCCCGCCAUGCGCAUCCUCGAGGGUCGCAUCUUUGGCCACCGCUCCGGCAAGCGGGAUCUCGCCACCAAGUGGAAGAAGAACUCGUUCAGGGCUUUUCUCGUGGCCGUCUGCAUAGCCGUCUCCAUCGGUGGCUCUGCCAAUCUCGACCGCUUCGUCGCAUUGAUUGGCUCGGUUGCCUGCGUGCCCCUGGUCUAUGUUUACCCAGCCUAUCUGCAUUACAUUGGGGUUGCAGAGUCGAGCGCGGCCAAGGCUGGUGACGUCGCCAUGAUGGUUCUCGGCGUUGUCGGCAUGGUCUACACUACUGUCAUUACCAUCCUGACUAGUUUCAUGGCGAGCCCUGUGGGCUCACAACCCGGUUCAUGA